UUGGGGCGGGCUCGGCGCCGGCGCCUCCCUCCAGCAGCGGGAACCCGCUCGCAGCCCCAGCGAAGGUUAUCUCGGUCAGGACCGGUUAGCGCCGGUCGCCCAGGCGAAGGGGGUGUGCGCGGGAAAGGCGGAGUCCGCCGGGGGAAGACCCCACCUCCGGAGAGAUGACAGAGCCAGUCAAGAGAGCGCAGCGCGGCUGCCGCUGCCUCAUACCCACUCGGCGGUGUGCGCUCCGCUGCUGCGUCUCCCUCAGCCUCCCGCCGCCGCCGCCGCCAUGCGAGAUUACGACGACAUCAUCGCCUUCCUGGGCGAGUGGGGCCCCUUCCAGCGCCUCAUCUUCUUCCUGCUCAGCGCCAGCAUCAUCCCCAACGGCUUCAACGGCAUGUCCGCCGUCUUCCUGGCCGGCACCCCCGAGCACCGGUGCCGGGUGCCGGCCAGCGCCAACCUGAGCCGCGAGUGGCUCAACGCCAGCAUCCCGCUGGAGGAGCGCGGCGGGCGGCAGGUCCCGCAGCGCUGCCGCCGCUACAGCCUGGAGGCCCUGGCCAACUUCUCCGCCCGCAACCUGGUGCCCGGGCGGGACGUCAACCUCAGCCAGGUGGAGCAGGAGAAGUGCCUGGACGGCUGGGAGUACAGCCGAGAGCCCUACCUCUCCACCAUCGUCAGCGAGUGGAAUCUGGUGUGUGAUGAUGACUGGAAAACCCCCUUAACUACAUCAUUGUUCUUUGUGGGUGUGCUGCUUGGAUCCUUUGUAUCAGGACAGCUCUCAGACAGGUUUGGCAGAAAGUCUAUUCUAUUUGCAACUAUGGCUGUGCAGACAGGUUUCAGCUUCCUGCAGAUCUUCUCAACCAGCUGGGAAAUGUUCACAGUUCUUUUUGUUCUAGUUGGCAUGGGACAGAUUUCAAACUACGUUGUGGCCUUCAUAUUAGGCACAGAAAUUCUUGGCAAAUCAGUUCGUAUUAUAUUCUCUACAUUAGGAGUUUGCAUAUUUUUUGCAAUUGGCUACAUGUUGCUGCCACUAUUUGCUUACUUCAUCAGAGAAUGGCGGAUGCUGCUACUGGCUCUUACUGUACCUGGGGUUUGCUGCGUUCCACUGUGGUGGCUCAUUCCUGAGUCUCCCCGGUGGUUGAUCUCUCAAGGAAGAUUUGAAGAAGCUGAAAUUAUUAUUCGAAAGGCUGCCAAAAUAAAUGGUGUUCCAGCCCCAGCAAUACUUAUAGAUCCUGUGGAGAUACAAGAUAUGAAGGCCAAGCAGCAGCAAGGAUUACUUCUGGACUUGUUCAGAACCCGAAAUAUUGCAACUAUCACUGUGUUUUCUCUUCUCUUGUGGAUGUUUACAUCUAUUGGCUACUUUGGCUUGUCACUCAACACCCCCAAUCUACAUGGAGAUGCCUACCUCAAUUGUUUCCUGUCAGCAGUAAUUGAGGUUCCAGCCUAUGUGAUUGCUUGGCUUCUGCUCCGAACCUUACCUCGGCGUUAUUCAAUAGCUGGCACCCUUUUCUUGGGUGGAGGAGUUAUUCUGUUCAUUCAACUGGUACCUCCAAACCUCAACCUCCUGUCUGUUAUCUUGGUGAUGUUGGGAAAAUUUGGCAUCACGUCUGCCUUCUCUAUGCUUUAUGUUUACACCGCAGAGCUCUAUCCAACCAUAGUAAGAAACAUGGCCGUAGGUGCCACCUCCAUGUCAUCCCGUGUGGGCAGCAUCAUUGCUCCUUACUUUGUUUACCUUGGUGCCUAUGAUAGAUAUCUACCUUAUAUCGUCAUGGGCAGUCUGACUGUGCUGAUAGGGAUUCUCACCCUGUUCCUCCCAGAGAGUUAUGGGAAUCCUCUGCCAGAGACGUUUGAAGAGAUGCUGCGAGUUAAAGGAUUCAGAAAUAGAAAGCACACCUACAAAAUAGGGAGUUCAAAGCAGAGUGAACUGAACUCCAGGACUAUGAGAACAUCGUUGUGAUCAUAUAUCUUUGCCUUUUACUGAAAUCUCCUGUUUAUUUUCAGAUUCAGAAAUAGAAAGCACACCUACAAAAUAGGGAGUUCAAAGCAGAGUGAACUGAACUCCAGGACUAUGAGAACAUCGUUGUGAUCAUAUAUCUUUGCCUUUUACUGAAAUGAACAACCAGGACUUGUUAAAUUGCAACUAUGAAGAUAAAUGAAAAAAUUAUUUACCAUACUAGGCAGCAGUUGUCCUAAUAAUCUCAUGUUUCAGAACACUGGUGUACCAAAUGUGUGGGUUUUUAUGCUAAGUCAUUGUCAGCAUGUAUAAAGCUCCUCCAUCUUUUUUUUCUUUCUUUUUUUGUGCCUUGGUUUUGGGGUUUGUUUUGUGAAGCCUUGAGCACUUUUUUUCAUCUCCUUGGGAUUUAUGUAGUACUGUAUGUACAUUUUAAGAGCAGGCCAUCAAUGAUGGUUGGACGAAGUAGAGGUAAUUACUGUAGAAUCUUCAGUUGUACUUGAUGGCACAUCAAGCUGCCCUGAAUCCCAUAUUUCACUUUCAAAAGGCCCUUAAAUAGCUGGAUAGAUUGUUUUAAGGAAAUAAAUGGUACUGAAAUUAAUGGAGCUGUUACCAGGAAGUACUUUGAGAACCAAGCUUCAUUUUCUUACACUAACUGGAAAAUCUUGAAAAGGAACAGAAUUUUAGUAGACAACACUUUAUCCCCAAUAAAUCAUAGAUGUAAAAUUUUAAAGCCAUUUUUGAAAAUAGAUGCAUUCUCUUUAGAGUCUAUGUCAUUGUCAGGAGGUUUGUACAGAAAGCAGUACUGUAUAUCAAAGUACUUGCAAGUUUUAUUCACUUCAAUGAAGCCCAGGCCCGGCAGUGUUUCUGGAGACUGGGCCUUGCAAAAAAAUUUGACAGUGCAACCGUGGCUGCAAACCUAUAUACAUUUGUUUGAGAGCAAGGCCAAUUGACCCCUUGGACUUAUUUCAGAAUAGAUAUAUAUAGGCUUCAGCUGAAAGCUUGCAAGUUGCAUUUCCUAUUGUUAUGCCAAACACUCUUAUUCCUCCUAAGUACCUAGCAAAUAAAAGUUAGUUCAAUAUAAUUGCUAAAUUAAAUUUUCUGUAGCAGAUAAGAUUAUUGGAACUGCAUACAAACCAACAUUUACAGAGAGACACUGGUUUUUCUGGGACCAGUACUACUGAAAACCAGAUCUUAGGUUGCACUUGUGCCAUUCUGCCACAGAAAUCCAUUGUGAAGCUGGAAUCUUCUAAUUUUUUAUAUUAUGCACACUGUAAAUUUCUAUAUUUAGGACAAAGUAGAAGAAGUAUUUAAGUAAGGGAAGACUUCAUUACCUAAAACACGUUUUGUUGUUUCCUUAAGAGAUUUUGAGCACAUUUUCUGCUGAGAAAUGAAUAUUGGUGAGAGAGUUAACAAGUCAGGUAUUGAUUGACAUUGAGAUUUGUGCCAAGUAAAGUUCAUGUAUAGAUGGCAAUUACCCACUUAACAGUGAAAUUAUCUGCUUGGAAUAUAUAUUAGAUAAUCUCCUGGUUUGUUGCCUCAGAAUGAACAAUUUCCUAGUGCAGAUUUUGAGGACCUAGCCAUAUAUACUAGCAGCCCUUUUGGGGGAAUACCAUGGUGUGUCUGCUUCCAUACUGCAACUUCCACAAAAUACAGUCCAGCUGAACUUAGAAGGAUCAAAGACCGAAGUAGAGGGACCUUCCUUGUCUAUUUUUAAAGCCUAAACUUACCAAUGCACCAGAACUCCACAGUAUAUCGUUGCUAUGUUUUAAAUAUGGUUAGAACCUGCUUCAUGACAUCACAUCUAAUCCAUAAUGGCAGGGAAUGUGGCAAGGUGAUCCUGUUUUGCAGGUUCUUGGCACCCAGUUCUCUAAAGGACUAUAAAGAUCUGGUGCACCACAUUCUAUAUGGGUGAUCACUGCCCUUCUUUAAACAGCAGGGGAGCAGCUGGCUAUGCCAGAGUACUUAAAUGGAAACACCUUUCUGAUUUUGCAAGUGGCCUAACAAAUGUUAUUAAUGUUGCAAGCCCAAUAUUUCACCAUUGCAAAAUUAGCCAGUUUUUUUCAGAAACAAUUUUAUUUGCCAUAUGAAAGCCUAUACCAUUGAUACACCAUUGUGCCAAAACAAGGUACUCCUUUAUUUUCUGUGCAUUAUGUAUGUGUACUUUUCUGGGGGGGGGGGUUGCCACAAAAAAUAUCCCUAGCCCCAUGUGUAGCAUGGCUUGGUUGUCUUGGUUGCUGGUAAGGUGGCCAGUUUCUGAGCCAGAGACUGUAGUCGUUGCUUUUAUAUGUAAAUAUUUGGCAACAUUGUUUCAUGGUCUUGCUCUGCAGCAGAAAUUCCAAAUGCAGUCUUUCUGAUUAGGUUUUAUAUAUAUAUAUAUAUAUGGAGCUCUUGAUCCUAAUAGAUUUCUCAGCACACUCUUAACAUCUGCAAAGGAUAAAAUUGUUUACAUGCAGUUUGGCAAUAUGUACCAUGGCAUCUUUUUAUGUAUAUAUUUUAUACAAAAAUAAUGGAUUCUUAUUCUGUUUUACACUGUUGUAACUGUCACUAUUUCUAACAUAUACACUUUAAUAUCUCUCUAUAUAUAUUGUGGUAUUUUUGUGGAAGACUUUGUUUUGCCAGUGUUUCUGUAACAAUUUAAAGUUCUCUCAAUUUUUAAUUGGGCAAAUUCCAAUAUAGCUCCUUAGGCAGUGCUUUUAAAAAAUCUUUUGGAAUCUUAAAACAUGAAGCUGCACUUUCUAGAGGAUUGUGAUGUGAUAUAAAAUAAAGGCCUUUUCAAAGGGACCAGUUCUGUAAAGAUUCCCCCAAUAUUGCUUGAUUUGACUAAAAGCUAUUUGGGUAUAUUUGCCUUUUAAAGCAUGGGUGAUGGUUUCAUAGAUAAUGAGAUCAGUUAUGUUACUAAAAGCUGUGACUGUCAGGGUCUGCUUGCUGCCAUGCAACACGGCUACUGGUCUGGAGAGAUUUUAUUUAGUAACUACAUACAGUAUGUGGUUGAAGAAACCCACCGUAACAUUUCUAUGUGCUUUGCUAUAAAAACUGUAGGGGCUUGGGGACUGGAAUGAAUUUUUAUACUAAGUCUUUACAGUAUUGAUCCUAGAAAGAGUUGCUUUUACAAGGAAAAUGUACAUUCUCUGCCAAAUGAUGAUUCCUCUCAGGGAUUUGCCAGGUGGUAUCUGCAGUAGUCCAAAGAUUGUGAAAGAAAGAAGGAUCAAGAUGGAGAGACUUCUGUUGUUGGCACCUUAUUUUUCUUUUCUUUUUUUUUUUCCUUACUGUAAAUCUUCCAGAAGGUUCUGGCAAAAGCUUUAAUUUACUUUUGUGGGACUAUUCUAUCUUUUUAUUACAGGGCUGUACAACUUUGACCCACUUGGCAAAACACAGCCAACCAGCAGCUUAAUCUGCCUGUUUUUGCUGCCUGCCUGGGAUGGCGCAAACUAUAAAGAUAACAGGCUCCUAGUAGGCUGUGUAUGGCUCUGCGGUCACAGAUUUAAGUUGUGCAGGCCUGUUCAGCUGCAAUCUUUGUAAAGUGCCUGCUGGUCAGGUUGGGCCCAGGAUAGUUCUUUAUUAGAAGGGAGAAAUGUUUGAUCAAAGUAUUUCUAACAACCUGAGUGGAAGUCUCCCUUUUCUAAGACCUCACCUAGCUGCUGUCUGAGAUGCCCCUCUCCUUUCCAUGUUAUAUCUGAAUAAUGUAUACACUGUUGAGAUCUACAAAUGUUUUGUGUGUGAUUUUUAAAAUGUGCUAUGCAUCACCAUGUAGCAGUUGCCUCUUUAUUUUUCCAUAUUGGCAGGAAAAAAAGAAAUACAAUUGCACUGACCAGUUUCCUCUAGGUAUUAAAAAAAAUUCUCUUUCUAAGAUAUGGUUGCAAGACCAAAAACACACACACAAAAAACGCUGUGUAAAUACUCAGAUAUUGUGUUAAGUAAGUGGGACAAUGAGAGAAACAAACCAGUACGAAUGUCCUCACCUGAAAAUGGAAGAACUAGUAUGAAUUUGCACUGAAUAAUAUAGAUAGACCUGUCAGUAUGAAGCAUUACUCUAACUGGUUCUAGUAAAGGCACUACAGUUACUGUUCCACCAUGUUCUCAACCUUUGUUGCAUGUUCUUUGGUAUAAUAAAUAAAUAAUAAAGCCACAAAAUAAAGCUACUGUGAUUACCA